AUGAAAAUCAGCAAACUUCAAUAUAUGCCACUGUUCAGAGCAUGCUCAAACUUGAGAUCAUUAGUACAACUCCAUGCACAUCUCAUUAUCAAUGGUCUCCACAAAGACCCACUUCCUUCCACUAAGCUUAUUGAGUCCUAUGCCCAAAUGGGUUCCCUUAAAACUUCAAGACUCGUUUUUUACACAUACCCAAAUCCAGAUUCUUUCAUGUGGGGUGUCUUAAUUAAGUGCCAUGUUUGGUAUAACUGUUUUCAAGAUUCCAUUUUUCUUUAUAACAACAUGGUUUGUCACACUAAGGAAACAAAUAGUUUUAUUUACCCUUCUGUGUUGAGGGCUAUUUCUGCAAUUGGUGAUUUGGGUAUUGGCCGAAAAGUUCAUGGAAGGAUUUUGAAAUGUGGGUUUGAGUGUGAUCCUAUAGUUGAGACUGCAUUAUUGAGUAUGUAUGGUGAACUUGGGUGGACAGCUUGUGCGCGCAAAGUGUUUGAUGAAAUGUCUGUGAAAGAUGUUGUUUCUUGGAGUUCGAUUGUUUCGAGCUAUGUAAGGAAUGGGCAAGUUCGGGAAGGGUUGGAGAUAUUUGGAAAUUUGGUUAAGGAAGGGGUUGAGAUUGAUUCUGUGGCUUUGCUUAGUGCUGUUGAGGCUUGUGGUGAGUUGGGUGUAUGGCGACUUGGGAAAUCUGUUCAUGGUUAUAUAUUGAGAAACAGUAUUUGGGGUGAUGGGUCUUUGACGAACUCGCUUGUUGCAAUGUAUGGAAAAUGUGGCGAUACGUGUAGUGCAGAAUUGCUUUUUGACAAUGCUGUUGAUAAUAGUACUUAUACUUGGACAGCUAUGAUCUCCUGCUAUAAUCAAAAUGGUUUCUAUAAGGAUGCGUUAGCGUUGUUUGUUAAGAUGCAUGAGUCUGAUGUGGAGUUCAAUGAAGUUACUCUUAUGGCUGUUUUAUGUUCUUGUGCUAGGUUAGGUUGGCUAAAGGAAGGGAAGUCGAUACAUGGAUUUAUACUUAGAAAUGGUUUAGAUUGUGGCAAUGAUCUUCUAGGCUCAGCCUUGGUUGACUUGUAUGCGAACUGUGGCAAGGUAAGCGAUUGCCACAAGGUAUUUGAUACAUCCCAAGACAGACGUAUUGUGUCGUGGAAUAUGCUCAUAUCAGGUUAUGUACAGGAAGGAUUGUCUGAGAAUGCAUUGACACUUUUUGUGGAUAUGUUAAGAAAAGGAAUACUGCCGGACUCGUAUACUCUGGCAAGUGUUCUCUCAGCUUCUGGAGAUAUUGGGUUUUCCGAAUUUGGGUGUCAAAUUCAUGGCCACGUUAUUAGGACUGGCUUUUCAACUGAGGAGUUUGUCCAGAAUUCCAUGAUUGACAUGUACAGUAAAUGUGGAAUUGUGGAUUGUGCAUUCUUGAUAUUCAAGGACGCACAAGAAAGAAGUGUUGUGACUUGGAAUUCAAUGAUGUGUGGGCUUACACAAAAUGGUUUCUCUCGUGAAGCUAUCAAUCUCUUUGAUGAGAUAUACUCAAACUCGAGUGAAAUAGAUGAAGUGACCUUCUUGGCUGCAAUUCAAGCAUGCUCGGCUAUAGGAUGGCUGGAGAAGGGAAAAUGGCUUCACCACAAGUCAAUCAUCUUUGGCGUGAGUCAGGAUAUGUAUGUCGAUACUGCUCUGACGGACAUGUAUGCUAAAUGUGGAGACCUCCGGAUGGCUUGGAGAGUUUUCGGCAAUAUGUCGGAAAGGAGCAUAAUAUCUUGGAGUGCCAUGGUAGGUGGUUAUGGAAUGCACGGUCAAAUCGAUGAUGCCAUCUCACUCUUCCAUGAAAUGGUAAAUAGUGGAAUAAAACCAAAUGACAUCAUUUUAACAAAUAUUCUGUCUGCUUGCAGUCAUGCUGGCUAUCUGGAUGAAGGGAAAUAUUUCUUCAAUAUGAUGAUUAACUUGAGCAUUGAACCAAAACCUGAACAUUUUGCAUGUCUAGUUGAUCUUCUGAGUCGAGCUGGUGAUAUAGAUAAAGCCUAUGAAGUCAUCACUUCGAUGCCAUUGCCUGCAGAUGUUAGCGUUUGGGGUGCCCUAGUAAGUGGAUGUCGAAUUCACAAGAGAAUGGAUAUUAUCAAGAUGAUUCAACAAAGGCUUGAAAACAUGCAGACAGAUGAUACUGGAUACUAUACCUUAUUAUCCAACAUAUAUGCAGAAGGGGGAGAAUGGAAUGAAUCUAGGACGGUGAGGUCAAAGAUGCAAAGUUUAGGUUUGAGAAAGGUCGGUGGAUAUAGUAUGAUCGAAGUUGAGAAAAGAAUACAUACUGGUAAAGCAAAUGACACAAUCUCAAAAAGGGAAAUCUCCAGCUUAUGAUUUUCCAUAGUUUUGGAAUUAAAGAACAAAUUAGUCUGGGAAGAUGCAAUAUUCAUUUCAUACAGUCUCUGAACUUGAAGUGAUUGCUGAUCCGCAAAGCUGGCUGAGAGGGAUAGCUCUGUUUCGGUUCAUCAGGAGACUAUCUUCAACGGCUUCCCAAGAUCGAACUACGUCUGCUACAGAUCUCACUACUAUCGUUCUCUUUCUUUCAAGUAGCUAUUCUCAUGGAUAGAGAAAAAACUUGAUACAGGGCCGACUUGUCAACUCCAACCUGCCUUGGCAUUCAGACAGCACUAUGCUAAAGGAGACAGUCCUGAUGGCGACUAUGAAACUCAUAAGUCGUGAGAAGCCGAAUCAAGAAAGAUGAGAAACGGAAUGAAAUGCAUGUUUACCCGACACCAGAAUGCAAACGAAAAAUGGAUCAAAGAGAAGGGUCCAUAAUCCAUUUUAUGAUGUUGCAUGGCAACAUGGCUUUCUACUUGAAGCAUUGAUGCUGCAAGUGUGAAGCCAAUGUUAGCAACGCUGUUGCAGUAAACUUGCGGGUCGUCAGAUGCGUUUAUUCCAUUGAAUGGCCAGCACAAAUCUCUCUUAGGCCUAAAGCAGAUUCUCCAUAUGGUAAAACAACUCAAUUGUUGCAAAGGUGGUGCCUAAGGCGGAUGAAAGAUUUAAAUUUGAUAAGUUCAACCUUUAGGUUCUUACCACUGAAUCCAUUACACUUUUGAAACUACGGGUUCAAACUUUAAUAUUUUUCGCAUUUUAGUGAUUUUUCACAUAUGUACACCUCUAGUCGAAAAUGCAGGGUUCAAUUUAACCCAUUAGUUAUAUACUACAUCAGCCUAUGAUAGCGCCAUUACUUCUGUACUUUACUCUUUCUGUAUUAUUUUCCCUUGAGAGUUUUAAGGCAUUGGCUAAGACAAUC